UGUCAUCCUCCCCGCCACCAGAUCUCCAAGCCCAGGACCUUCCUCCACAAUGUGGCUUCUCCUUGCUUUCAUCUUGCUGGUGUCUGCAGCUCAGGAUGGUGACAAGGUCCUGGAAGGCGAGGAGUGUGUGCCUCAUUCUCAGCCGUGGCAAGUGGCCCUCUUCGAGCGCGGCCGGUUCAACUGUGGCGCUUUCCUAAUCUCCCCACACUGGGUGUUGACUGCUGCCCACUGCCAAACCCGUUUCAUGAGAGUGCGCCUUGGCGAACACAACCUUCGCAAGCAUGAUGGCCCAGAGCAAGUGCGAUCCGUCUCUCAAAUCAUCCCACAUCCCGGCUACGAGGCUCGCACCCAUCUGCACGACAUUAUGUUGCUGCAACUUCUCCAGCCUGCCCGGCUCUCAUCCCAGGUGCGCCCCGUGCCUCUGCCCACGCGUUGCCCCUUUACCGGCGAGGGCUGUGUGGUGUCAGGCUGGGGCUUGCUAUCAGACAACAAGCCUGGAGCCACAGGGAGUCACAAGUCACAAGUGAGACUCCCGGAUACACUGCAUUGUGCCAACAUCAGCAUUAUCUCCGAGGCAUCUUGCAACAAGGACUACCCGGGUCGAGUGUUGCCCACCAUGGUGUGUGCUGGUGUAGAGGGCGGUGGCACGGACUCCUGUGAGGGUGACUCUGGAGGACCCUUGGUCUGUAGUGGUGCCCUGCAGGGCAUUGUAUCCUGGGGUGAUGUCCCCUGCGAUACUACCACCAAGCCUGGCGUCUACACCAAAGUCUGCAGCUACAUGGACUGGAUCCGGGAAAACAUGAAAACAAGAAACUGACUCGUUGGCCCACCACCUAGGUCUCUCACUAACCACCUGGAACCCUGACCAAGAAUUCCCCGUAGCCGGCCAGCAGCCCCAUUCCUACCGGAGACAGAGCUGAGUCCUCUUGCACAUUGACAUACACUGUUAGCCAGGGCCCCACCCUCCAGAGGUCACCUGCCUAACACCAAGAAAACAGUGUUUUCCCAACACUCUCGAGGCAGAAGCAGGCAGAUCUCUGAGUUCAAGGCCAGCCUGGUCUAAAGAGUGAGUUCCAGGAUAGCCAGAGCUACACGGAGAAAUCUUGU